UAAACUGAAGACCCAACGAGAAGGAUAGUUAGGGCCCAAAACGAGGUCGAGAUGAGACUCUCUAUAAAGACCGUAAAUCCCUAGAUCUGGAAAACAAAAUAUCUUCAUCGCCUCUCGAAAAACCUAGCUCAGCAGUCGCCAUGUACGAAUCCGCGAACAGACGUUAGGAGAACUCGCGAGAGAUCUAAGGCAGUCGCCAUGGACGAAUCCGCGAUCAAAGGUUUGGAAGUUCUGGAAUUGAAAGGAAGUGAUGCAGGGAUUCGAAAUAGCAGCAUUAUUACGAGGAUGGUGGUCAAGGGAUACGACACCUCCCCUCCUACUCCUCCUAAGGAGGUUGUCGUAGAGGCUAUGAUAAAACACUUGGGAUACGACACCUUCACUCCUACUCCUAGGGAGGUUGUCGAAGAGGCUCUGAGAAAACACUUCGCAUCACGUGGAAUAACGUUAAUACAUGUUGCUGUUCCCGAAGAAAACAGUCAUAUUCUCUGCAGUCACGGCUUAAUCUAUGUUAAUGAAGAAUGUGAAGCAGAGGCGUUGAAGCUUGAUGGAAGUGACAUGGGAGGAGGACGUAUUUUAGAAGUUGCGGCUUACCCUUUUGCCGACAAUCACCUUGACCAUAUCUUUGCUCCUACCAAAGCCACAGAAUGCCUAGAGCGCACGUUGUAUGUUACAGGAUUUGAUACUUGCCUUGCUAGCAAGGAUGAUAUCAAGAAGAUGGUACGUGGGCUGUUCCCUGGAUGCGGUGGUUGUUAUGUUCGUAGGGGCGGGUCUGUUCUCGUUUAUAUCCGUGGUCAAGAUGAUAUUGACAAUGCUCUGAAACUUAGCGGAGUUUCUGUGAGAGGCUUUAAAAUUGCAGUUGAUACGGUCCUCCCAAUAGAAAGGGUGAUCGUUGGCACACCCGCAAUGUAUUUGCCUCCUCUGCCUCAGGGAAAUCAGAAGACUAUCAUCACUACUGACUAGAAAUCUCUCUCUCUCUCUCUCUAAAUACUCUCUCAUAAUGCUCUCUCUUGUUAUUAACUACUUGUCAUGCAAUGCCCCACGCACUUCGAGUGUUAUGUCUUGUCUGGAUUUUAAAUGUUAUGUUUUUAUUCUUGUGUUCUGAGUUUUAUGAUAAAACAUUGUAAAAACAAUAUGACAAACUUGGUUGUCCAA